UGCAAGCUCUAUUUAUUUCAUAGAAAAUAUUUUUCUGAAAAAUGUUUUUAAUAUUUUUUAGUGUUUAGUGCGGUUAAGAAAAUGAGUUGAAGGAAAAUACUGUGUUUAGACAAAAAAUUUUCUUAAAACAAUUUUAAAAAUCUAUAUAAACUAUUCCUCAGUUUGAGAUUGGCAUUGUGGAAGACCUUGGCUCUACGAUGGCUGAGGUAAGAUUAAUUUCAUAAAUGGUUGACUGGUUAAGGCUUAGGUCGGCAUGAGAUUCUGGAUACAAGAGGGGAAUUAUAGAGUUGUUAGUAUUAUUAUUGGAUUGACUUCAUUGUUUGAAGCAGGACCAACUAAUGUAUGCCCUUAUCACCUUUCUACUUGGUUUGUGAUGAAAGCUAACCGAUAAAAGGAGAUGGUUAGCAACAACUCCUCUUAUCUAUCUACUUUAUUUAUUAAGGUUCAUCCUUACAGUCAAUUUCAUCAACAAAAGCUUAAAGAGUCUCUCAUUCUCAUACACUGAAAGUCCUCCAAUUUUUUCUUAACAAAAAUGAUGAAAAGCGAGUCUACUGCAAUUGAUGUGCCAGAGUCCGGCACUGUUUCUAAAGGAAAAGCAUCUCUCAUGGCAGCUCCUAGAGAUGGAAAGAAAGGGAUUGCAAUAUUUGACUUCAUUCUAAGGAUAGGUGCUCUAGUGUCUGCUCUAGCAGCUGCUGCAACCAUGGGAACUAGUGAUGAAACCCUUACUUUCUUUAAUCAGUUCUUCCAGUUCCAAGCUAGCUACGAUGAUAUUCCCACUUUCCAGUUCUUCGUGAUUGCAAUGGCAAUGGUUGCUGGCUACCUCGUCCUUUCCCUUCCCUUCUCUAUGGUAUCCAUUGUUCGCCCUCAUGCAGCUGGACCAAGGAGCUUGCUCCUCAUUUUUGACACUGUGACGCUUGCCCUGAACACCUCCGCGGCUGCAGCAGCCGCCGACAUAGUGUACCUGGCUCAUAAUGGGAAUGCAACCACAAACUGGUUCGCUAUCUGCCUACAGUUUGGUGACUUCUGCCGGAAAGUGAGUGGGGCUGUGGUGGCAUCGUUCGCUUCAGCUGUGGCUUUCAUGUUGUUAGUUGUGAUGUCUGGUCUGGCUCUCAGAAGGAAUUAAGUAUACACACACACACACACAUACACACAAUGAUCAUGGAACCUCAAAGUUUGGUUCUUCUUAAAAAUCAUCUCUGCUUCUGCAGAUUGCUGGUUCUGUAAUAUAAUUAAUAUUCUGAUCAAUGUUUCUUUUGAGUGAUGGAGAGAGAGCAAGUGUAUGGAAUGGAUUUUCAAGUUCUGUAUUAGUGAAUUUCCAGUGGAAAUUAAUGAAUUCUAUUUACAGUUGAUGACUGAAGGGAUAUA